UGUCUGGUAUCUGGUCCCUACCCAACUGAGAAAGAAAAGCCCUGCCAGAAGCCAAGAAACAUGGUCAUCUGCUUGCUUCGUAAUAUUCAUUCCAAGAAAUUUCUUAGAACAUCGUCAUUGACAGGAAUACGAAAAAUGUUAGAUACUCCUAAAGGUUAUCUUGCAGUUUAUGUGGGGAAGACUGAAGAAAAGAGAUUUGUCAUUCCGGUAUCAUGCUUGAACCAGCCUUUGUUUCAAGAAUUAUUAAGUCAAGUGGAAGAAGAAUUUGGGUUUGAUCAUCCAAUGGGUGGCCUCACAAUCCCCUGUAACAUGGAUGUAUUCAGUGAUGUCACAUCUCAAUUAAGUGUAAUAUGAAAUCUGCUGCUAGAUUAGCUUGGUAGAGGACAAUUUUGUAAAGCAGAGUUGUAAAUUUUAUCAUAGCUAGAGUUGAUAAAAGCUUGCGGAGAAAGCUAAUGUCUCCCCAUGGAAGAAAGAUUCUCUCUUUACCGUAUAAAAUUUGAAAGCUAUCACAUUUUUUAUUUUUGUAUAGUCAAGUUUCUGAAUCAAAAAUUUGGGACUUGGUAUGGAUUCUAAUCCUUGCAUUCUAAUUUUUAAGUUACACCAGAAUAUUUGCUACUGCAUUUUCAUCUGAGAGCUGUUGAAGAGAAUGCUUGAUGGCAUAGGAGAUCAAUUUUAUGAUCCACGCAUUCAACACUUAGUGAGGUUUGUGGGAGAUCAAUCCAAAAUAUACAAAGCAACUUCUUCAAA